UCUGCUCUCCUGUAGGCUACAAUGUGUCAGUUGUUAUAAAAUCCGGGAGGCGGAGUCUAGUGACGUGAGCAGUGGGGGAGAGCUCAGCCAGCCCUGCAGGGCGAGCAGUCCAGCCUUGGGUUCACCGGAGCUUAAGCGUUGCAGCAGGAAAACUUCCAUCUCGCUCUUCUGGCUUUGAUCCUCACUGGACAUCAGACCAGAGGCACCGAAGGGAGGGAGGAUGCGAGAUGACCGGCCCUUUGGCAACCUGACCAUCGACUUAGCAGAGCCUUCAAAAGCAAGCCAGGGGCUGGCUGCACGACCAAAGAGGCGCCGCGCCUCUCGUGGAUGUGCGUGUGUGAGUGAUCCAGCGAGUGUGUGUGCAUGUGAGGGUGUGUGUGUGUAUGCCUGUGUGCACAGCACAACUGUGUGCGUGUCCUGGUGAGUGUGCCUGUGCACGCGUGAGUGUGUGUAUGUGUGCAUGUGUGUGUGAGUGCUCUUGGUUAUUACUAUUAUUAUUAUUUUUGGAAGAAAAAUCUUUGAAAAUCUGGGGCAGGUUACUGUGCUCCUAGGGUGAUUCUUCUUUUGCAAGAGGAGCUGACCAGAGCAAGCUACUAGAGCCAUUUCUCGGCAAGUAAAGAUAUUUUUCCUCCCAGAAGGAGAAGGAUUUUUCUCCCUGCUCUGCAGCCAAGUGAAAGAGAUUAGUCCCUAAACCUGUGAAAUCGACCAGAGCUGUGUGAUUACCAGGGCUUGAGAGAGGACUCGAAAAGAAAAGGAGAAAUAAAUCAAACAGCCUGUCAGUUCCUUUGGCCACGUCGGAAGAUGUCAUCUCAAACUAAGUUCAAGAAAGACAAAGAGAUCAUUGCUGAAUAUGAAGCCCAAAUAAAAGAGAUCCGCACGCAGCUGGUGGAGCAGUUCAAAUGUCUGGAGCAGCAAUCAGAGUCACGACUACAGCUGCUUCAAGACCUCCAGGAGUUUUUCCGCCGGAAAGCUGAGAUUGAGCUCGAGUACUCCCGCAGCCUGGAGAAGCUGGCUGAGCGCUUCUCCUCCAAAAUCCGCAGCUCCCGGGAGCACCAGUUCAAGAAGGACCAGUACCUCCUCUCGCCUGUGAACUGUUGGUAUCUGGUUCUGCAUCAGACCCGGCGGGAGAGCCGAGACCAUGCCACCCUCAAUGACAUCUUCAUGAACAAUGUCAUCGUCCGCCUCUCCCAGAUCAGUGAGGAUGUCAUCAGACUCUUCAAAAAGAGCAAGGAGAUUGGCCUGCAGAUGCAUGAGGAGCUCCUGAAGGUGACCAACGAGCUCUACACAGUCAUGAAAACCUACCACAUGUACCAUGCAGAGAGCAUCAGUGCAGAAAGCAAGCUGAAGGAGGCUGAGAAGCAGGAAGAGAAGCAGUUCAAUAAGUCAGGAGACCUCAGCAUGAACCUGCUCCGGCACGAGGACCGGCCCCAGCGCCGCAGCUCUGUGAAGAAGAUUGAGAAGAUGAAAGAGAAGAGGCAGGCCAAGUACUCUGAGAACAAGCUGAAAUGCACAAAGGCCCGGAAUGACUACUUGCUCAAUCUGGCAGCCACCAACGCAGCUAUAAGCAAAUACUACAUCCAUGAUGUCUCCGAUCUGAUUGAUUGCUGUGAUUUGGGCUUCCAUGCCAGCCUGGCCCGCACCUUCCGGACCUAUCUCUCAGCUGAAUACAACCUGGAGACUUCUCGCCACGAGGGGCUGGAUGUCAUCGAGAAUGCAGUGGACAACCUGGAUUCCCGAAGUGACAAGCACACAGUCAUGGACAUGUGCAAUCAAGUCUUCUGCCCUCCACUCAAGUUCGAGUUCCAGCCCCACAUGGGGGAUGAGGUCUGCCAGGUCAGUGCUCAGCAGCCCGUCCAGACAGAACUGCUCAUGCGGUAUCAUCAGCUGCAGUCCAGACUGGCCACCCUCAAGAUAGAGAAUGAGGAGGUUAGGAAAACCCUGGAUGCCACCAUGCAGACAUUACAGGACAUGCUGACUGUGGAGGACUUUGAUGUCUCUGAUGCCUUCCAACACAGUCGAUCGACAGAGUCCGUCAAGUCAGCUGCCUCUGAGACCUACAUGAGCAAGAUCAACAUUGCCAAGAGGAGAGCCAACCAGCAGGAAACAGAAAUGUUUUAUUUUACAAAAUUUAAAGAAUAUGUGAAUGGCAGUAACCUCAUCACCAAGCUGCAGGCCAAGCACGAUUUACUCAAGCAGACCCUGGGCGAAGGGGAAAGAGCAGAAUGCGGCACCACCAGGCCCCCCUGUCUUCCCCCUAAACCACAGAAAAUGAGGAGACCUAGGCCUCUUUCAGUGUAUAGCCAUAAACUCUUUAACGGCAGUAUGGAAGCAUUCAUUAAGGAUUCAGGACAAGCUAUACCGCUUGUAGUCGAGAGCUGCAUCCGUUACAUCAAUUUAUAUGGACUCCAGCAGCAGGGGAUCUUCAGAGUGCCAGGAUCUCAGGUGGAAGUCAAUGACAUCAAAAAUUCCUUUGAGAGAGGUGAAGACCCCCUUGUGGACGAUCAAAAUGAACGAGAUAUCAAUUCAGUCGCUGGUGUUUUAAAACUGUAUUUCCGAGGACUGGAAAACCCACUCUUUCCUAAGGAAAGGUUUCAAGAUUUUAUAUCUACUAUUAAACUGGAGAACCCAGCCGAGAGGGUGCACCAGAUCCAACAAAUCCUCGUCACCCUACCCCGCGUGGUCAUUGUGGUCAUGAGAUACCUCUUCGCUUUCCUCAACCACCUCUCCCAGUAUAGCGACGAGAACAUGAUGGAUCCCUACAACCUGGCCAUCUGCUUUGGGCCUACCCUCAUGCACAUUCCUGAUGGGCAGGACCCUGUGUCCUGCCAGGCACACAUCAAUGAAGUGAUCAAAACCAUCAUCAUCCAUCAUGAAGCCAUCUUCCCCAGCCCCCGGGAGCUAGAGGGACCUGUGUAUGAAAAAUGCAUGGCUGGAGGGGAAGAAUAUUGUGACAGCCCACACAGUGAGCCAGGGACCAUCGAUGAAGUUGACCAUGACAAUGGCACUGAGCCUCAUACCAGCGAUGAAGCACCCGGUAUGAAUGGAACCCAGCAGGCCUCAAAGGUCAAAUCAGGCAGAGAACCAUGAGUCCAGGUCUUUGUCAUACAUGAAUCAGCCAAUGAAUGCCAAAUUGGAGGAACAAUUUAGUUGUUUGUGUAUCUGUUGCCUUUCUUGUCUCAAAGAUUCUGUACCAGCUGGGUGUGGUGGCUCACACCUGUAACCCCAACACUUUGGGAAGCUGAGGUGGGCAGAUCACUUGAGCCCAGGAAUUCGAGACCAGCCUUGGCAACAUGGUGAAACUCCGUAUCUACAAAAAAAACCAAAAUACAAAAAUUAGCCAGGCAUCGUGGCAUAUGCCUGUGGUCCCAGCAACUCAGGAGGCUGAAGUGGGAGAAUUACUUAAGCCCAGGGAGGCUGAGGCUGCAGUGAGCCAUGAUUGUGCCACUGCACUCCAGCCUGGGUGACAGAACAAGGCCCUGUCUCAAAAAAAAAAAAAAAAAAAAAAAAAAGAUUCUAUACCUAACUGAUGCCUAGUCUCCUGUCUUGAGUCUGAUAAGUCUGGAAAUUCCAUAGUGCUUGCUCUUUGGUCUCCAAGAUUUAUAUAAAGAAACCAUGGUUAGGCCAAGGAUCCUUGACUAAAUGAAAAAAUGAAGGCAGCCUGUCACUAACAACCUUAUUAAUUGGAAGCUAAAUGAGAAACAAGAUUAUGAGAUUAUAAAACCACUAAAAUCAGUGACAGGGGCAUGUUCAUAUGGGUGAUAUGUCCAUUUUCAAUUAUUAUUGUGCCACCAUUCUCUUACUGAUAUUUUCCUGAAAUUUUUGAGGUUACCUUUGUCUCCUCCCCGUGUUGUUCCGUUUACAAUUUCAUAUAAAUGGUGUUGUACAGAAUACAGUUGUUUGGCUCUGUCCUCUUUCACUCUGCAUAAUAUUCUGAGAUUAAUCCAUGUCCUGUGUGUUAAGGUGAGGUUUUUGAUGGUAUUAAAAUGACAUUAGUCCAUUUAUGCACAAACACCCCAGUUCUGGAAUCAUAGCCACCUCUUUUCUUUUCUUUUCUUUUCUUUUCUUUUUUUUGAGACAGAGUCUCGCUCUGUCACCAGGCUGUAGUAAAGUGGUGCAAUCUCGGCUCACUGCAGCCUCCGACUCCCUGGUUCAAGCGAUUCUCCUGCCUCAGCCUCCUGAGUAGCUGGGAUUAGAGGCACGUGCCACCACGCCCAGCUAAUUUUUGUAUUUUUUAGUAGAGACGGGGUUUCACCAUGUUGGCCAGGCUGGUCUCAAUCUCCUGACCUCGUGAUAUGCUUGCCUCAGCCUCCCAAAGUGCUGGGAUUACAGGCAUGAGCCACCACACCUGGCUCACUCCUUUUCAUAAGAAAUUAAGAACAAUAGAAAAAAAGAACAGCGUCCAAUUUCUAUAUGUUCCUAAUCCCUAGUAAUAAACAUGGUAAACUGGCUUUCGGCAUUUGGCUCAGGCCUUAUACCUAAGAAGGACCCUGCCUUCUUUUUAAAACCACUUUAUUGAGUUAUAGAUCACACACCACACAAUUUACCCUUUUAAAGUAUACAGCUGAGUGAUUUUUUUGUAUAUUCACAGAUAGGUGCAACCAUCACCAUGGUCAAUUUGAGAACAUUUUCAUCAUCUUGAAAAGAAGCCCUGUACGCUUUAGCUAUCACUCCUUACACCCUCCCCUCCCUAACCCCCACAUUUCUCCCAGCCCUAGUCAGUGCAACUGUAAAUCUACCCACUGUCUCUAUGGAUUUGUCUAUUCUGGACAUUUUAUAUAAAUGGAAUUAUAUAAUAUGUGGCCUUUCUCUUAGCACACAGUUUUCUAGGUUCAACCAUGCUGUAGCGUGAAUCAGUACUUAAUUUUUGAUGGCUGAAUAAUACUUCACCCCAUGAAAAUGCUACUUUGUUUAUCCAUUUGUCAAUUGAUGGACAUUUGGGUUGUUUCUACUUUUCAGCUAUUAUGAAUAAUACUGCUGUAAACGUGUGUGCAAGUUUUUGUAUAGGCAGAAGUUUUCAUUUCUCUUGAGUAUAUACCCAAGAGUGGAAUUGCUAGGUCAUAUGCUAACUCUAUGUCAGUCAUUUUAGGAACUGCCAGCCUGUUUUCCAAAAUGACCACACCAUUUUGCAAUAUCAUCAGCAGUGUAUGAGGAUUCCAAUUUAUCCAUAUCCUUGCCAGCACUUGUUAUUAUCUGACUUUUUGAUUCUUGUCAUCCUAGUGGAUGUGAAGUGGUAUCUUACUGAGGUUUGGAUUUGAAUUUCUCUGAUGACUGAUAAUGUUCAUCAUCUUUUCAUGUGCUUUUUGGUCACUUGCAUAUUUUUCUUCAGAUCCUUUGCCCAUUUUUACAUUUGGUUAUUUGCCUUUUUAUUAUUGAGUUGUAACAGCUCUUUAUAUAUUCUAGAUCUAAGUCCCUUAUCAGAUACACAAUUUCCAAAUAUUUUCUCCCAUUCUAUGGCUUGCCUUUUUAUUGGUGAUACCCUUUGAAGCAUGAAAGUAUUUCAUUUUGAUUGAGUUCCAUUCAUAUAUUUUUUCUUUUGUUGCACAUGCAUUUGGUGUUAUAUCUAAGAGGCCUUUGCCAAAUCCAAGUUCAUGAAGAUGUAUUCAUGUAUUUUCUUUUAAGAGUUUUAGAGUUUAGAGUUUUAGAGUUUAGAUCUUUGAUCUAUUUUGAGUUAAUUUUGGUAUAAGGUAAUGGUCAAACUUUAUUCUUUUGUAUGUGGCUCUCCAGUUGUCCCAGCACUAUUAGUUGAAAAAAAUUAUUCUUUUCCACAUUGAAUGGUCUUAGCACCCUUAUGAAAAAAGUCCUUUGACUAUAGGUGUAUGGAUUUAUUUUUGGACUUGCAAUGCUAUUCCACUGACCUAUAUGUCUAUCUCUGUGUCGGUACCAUACUGUCUUCAUUACUGUUGCUUUGUAGUAAGCUUUGAAGUUGGGAUGUUUAAGUCCUCCAACCUUGUCCUUCGUUUUCAAGAUAGUUUUGGCUAUUCUGGGUUUCUUGUGAUUACAUAUGAAUUUUAGAAUCAGCUUGUCAGUUUCCACAAAGAAGUUAGCCAGGAUUCUGAUAGGGAUUGCAUUAAAUCUGUAGGUCAGUUGGGAAUAUCACCCUCUUAGUAGUGUUAAGUCUUCUGAUCCAUAAACACAGGAUAUUUUGCCAAUUAUUUAGAUCUUUAAUUUUUUUCAACAAUGAUUUGUAGUUGCCAGAGUGGCAACUACAGAGUGCCUUUUAUCCUUUUAUCUUGAAAGGAUAUUAGAUUUUGUCAGUGCUUUAUUCCUCUGUAUUUUAUUUUUUAUGCUGAUGUAAGUGAAAUUGUUUUCUUAAUUUCUCUUUUGAAUUGUUCAUUAUGAUUGUAUGGAAAUAUGAUUGAUUUUAAUAUAUUGUUCUUGUAUCCUGCAAUCUUGCUGAACUUAUUCAUCCAGUCAAAUAUUUUUAGUGAUUUCCUUAUGUUUUUUUAUAUAUAAGAUUAUAUUGUCUAUGAAUAGAUAUAUUUUUACUUCUUUUCCAGUUUGGAUACCUUUUAUUUCUUUUUCUUGGCCAGUUGGCCCAGCUAGACUCUCCAGUACCACACUGAAGUGAUGAGAGUGGACAUCCUUGGCUAACUCCUGAUCUUAUGGGGAAAGCAUCCAGUAUUUCACCAUUAAGUAUGAUGUUAACUGUGGGUUUUUCAUAGAUGCCAUUUGUCAGGUUGAGGAAGUUCCCUUCUAUUCCUAAUUUGUUGAGUGUUUUAUCUUGAAAGGAUAUUAGAUUUUGUCAGUGCUUUUUCUUCAUCUAUUAAGAUGAUUGUAUGAUUUUUGUUUUUUUAUUUUACUGAUAAGAUGCAUUAUAUUAAUUAAUUAUUUUUAGAUGUUAAAACAAUCUGGCAGUCUUGGGAUAAAUUCCACUUGUGUAUGGAGCAUAGUUCUUUUUAUGCUACUGCAUUUGGCUUGCUAGUGAUUUUUUCUUUUCUUUUUUUUUUUUUUUUUUUUGAGAUGGAAUCUCACUCUGUCAUCUAGGCUGUAGUGCAGUGGCACAAUCUUGGCUCACUGCAACCUCUGCCUUCUGGGUUCAAGUGAUUCUCCUGCCUCAGCCUCCAAAGUAACUGGGAUUACAGGUGCCUGAUACCACACGAGGCUAAUUUUUUGUAUUUUCGGUAGAGACAGGAUUUUGCCAUAUUGCAGGCUGAUCUCAAACUCCUGACCUCAAGUUAUCUGCCCAGCUCUGCCUCCCAAAGUGCUGCGAUUACAGGCAUGAGCCACCGUGCCUGGCCGGGUUUGCUAGCAUUUUGUAGAAGAUAUUUGCAUCCAUAUUCGUAAGAAAUACUGGUCUGUAGUUUUCUUGUGAUAUCUUUGUCUGCUUUUGGUAUCAGGGUAAUACUUGCCUGGUGAAAUUAGUUGAGCAGUGUUCCCUUCUCUUCUAGUUUUUGGAAGACUUUAUAAGGAAUUAUUGUUAAUUCUUUUUUAAAUGUUUGGUAGAAUCCAUCUGGGCCUGGGAUUUAUUUGUGGAUAGUUUUUUGAUGAUUGAUUCAAUCUCUUGUUAUAAGUAUAUUCAUAUUUUUUAUUUCUUCUUAAGUCAGUUUCAAUAGUUUGUUUCUUUCUAGGAAUUUAUUAAUUUCAUCUAAGAUAUCCAACUUGUUGGCAUAUAAUUAUUCAUAGUACUUCUUUAUGAUCCCUUUUCUCCUAUAAAAUAAUGGUAGUAACGUCCCCUCUUUCAUAUCUGAUUCCAAUAAUUUGAGUCCUUUCUCUUGUUUUCUUGGUUUAUUUAGCUAAUGGCUUGCCAAUUUCAUUGAUCUUUUCAAAGAACCAGCUUUUGGUUUUAUGAUUUUCUCUAUUGUUUUUCUAUUCUCUAUUUUAUUAAUUUCUGCUUUAAUCUUUAUUAUUUCCUUCCUUCUGCUAGCCUUAGGUUUAGUUUGCACUUUUUUUUUCCAGUGUCUUAAGGUGGAAGUUUAGGUUAUUGAUUUGAGGUUUGGUUUUUGUUCCCCUAAUAUAGGCAUUUACAGCCAUACAUUUCCUUCUAAGCACUGCUUUAGCUGCAUCCCAUAAGUUUUGAUAUGUUGUAUCUUCAUUUUCAUUCAUCUCAAAGAUUUCUCUUUUGAUUUUUUUCUUCAACCAUUAAUUAUUUAGCAGUAUGCUGUAUAAUUUUUGCCUAUUUGUCAGUUUCCCAGUUUUUUUCCUGCUAUUGAUUCCUACUUUAGAAGACACUUCUUCUAUAGAAGAAAUCGAUAAUUUUAUAUUACUGUGGUAGAAGACCACAUUUUGUAUUAUUUGUAUCAUUUUGAAUUAUUGAGGUUUGUUUUAUGGACUAGCAUAGGGCAUACCCAAGAGAAUGUUCCAUGUGCAGUUAAAAAGAAUGUAUAGUCUCUUGCUGAGUGGUGUGUUCUAUAGAUGCCUGUUAGGUCUAGUUGGUUUAUAGUGUUGUUUGAGUCUUCUAUUUCCUCUUUGAUCUUCUGUCUAGUUGUUCUUUCCGUUAUUGAGAAUGGGGUAUUGAAGUCCCUAACAAUUAUUUUUGAAUUUUCUAUUUCUUUCUUUGUUUUUAUCCAUUUUUGCUUCAUGUAUUUUGCCGCUCUUUUAUUAGGUACAUUUUGUUUAUAAUUGUUUAUAUCUUGAUAGAUCAAAAUUUUUGUCAUUAUGAAAUGCUGCUGUUUAUCUCUAGCAAUAUUUUUAGUUUUAAAGUCUAUUUUAUCUAUAUUAGUAUAGUCAUUCUAGCUUUCCUGUGGUUCCAGUUUGCAUAAUAUAUUUUUCCAUCCUUUCACUUUCACUCUAAUUGUAUCUUUGAAUCUAAAGUGUGUCUUUUAAAUUAUGUUAUUUUAUCCAGUCUGAUAAUCUCUGCAUUUUAAUGGGAUUGUUUAAUCCAUUCACAUUUAAUAUUAUCACAUAUAAUUGGAUUUAUGUCUGCCAUUUUACUUUUUGUUUUCUAUGUGUCUCAUAUCUUUUUUGUUCCUCUAUUCCUUCUUUACCGAUUUCUUUUGCAUAUUUUCUAAUAUAGCAUUUAGUGAAUAUUUUCUAAUAUAGCAUUUAAACUUCUUUAACGAUGUUUUCACUAUAUUUUUGAGUUAUUUUUAUAAGUUUUAUUUAAUUUUUGAUGGACAGAUAAUUGGACAUAUUUAUUGGAUGCAAUAUGAUAUUGCAAUACACGCGUACAUUGUGUAAUGAUUAAAUUCAGGUAGGCAGUAUAUUCAUCAUGUUAUAAAUAUAUUGUUUCUUUGUGGUGUGAACAUUCAAAAUCUCCUCUAUUCCAGCUAUUAUGAAACAUACAAUACAUUAUUGUUAACUAUAGUCAGCCUACUGUAAAAUAGAACACCAGAACUUAUUUAUCCUAUCUAACUCUAACAUUGUACCUGUUGAGCAAUCACUCCCCAUAUCCCCUCCCCUUCCUUCCUAGCCUCUGACAACCAGUAUUCUGCUCUUACUAUUUUUGAGUUAUUUUUUAGUAGUUUCUCUAAGGUUUACCAUAUACAUCUUAUUUGAAUGAGCUUCUAUUUAUACUAGCUUAAUUUCAGUGACAUAUGGAAAUAUUACUCUGUGGGAUGACAGUGGUGUUGGUAGGAUUCUCCUUCCCUGAGAUGACAGUGGUUUUGGUAGAAGUCUCUUUCCCUGAUCCUUUCCAGCUAUUAAUCUCUACUAAUUGCUGGAUGAUUGCUAUUCUUUCAACAGUGCCCUUGGUCCUAGAUUGCCCUACAAAUUAAUGCAGUCAAAUUCUGUCCCCAUUAUAGGGGUAGUUUCUGAAGUCAGUGUUUGAUAUUUGUUCCGAUCCCAGGAGUACUUCUCCUGGCUGUCUUAUUCCCUGGUUCUUGUCUGCUAACUAUCUGGCUUAUAGUCUAGCUUCUAUAUUCAUUAAAUUCAUGAACCAUCACUGGAUUGACCUUCAACACAACCUCCACUGUUCUUGAGAGUCCCCUUUGACUUGAACUUUUCCAAGCUCUGUUGCAACUGAAGUUAAUUCCUUUGGAAUAAGAUUAGGAGCUGUCUGUUUUAUGGGAUGCUUCUCCUGCAUGGGAAAAUCUCUGAGCCAAGACUCUGAGACUGGGGAUAGAGACAAUGGCAUUUUCCGAGUGAUGUCCCCACUGAGUGCUUUGUGGAGGGGCAGCCAGAGAUCCUCUUAACUUACCUCUCCUGCCAUGCAACCACCACCUCACAAGCUGGGGCAAGGUUGAUAGGACCCCCACAUUUUCAGUGGUGCCAUACCCAAAGUACAGCCACCAUUCCAUGAGUAGGGGUUGUGUGGAAGAAUGAAGCCUUGGUCUCUCCACUCCACUCACCUGGGACUUAGCCUCAGCAACAGAUAGUGGGAGCAGGAUGAGAAUCACUGAGCUCCUGCUCCUUCCAGGAAGAAAGCCCUGUGACUACAAGGUGGUAAAGGGAGAGGAAGCCCUAUGUUCUUGACUGCACUCAUCUGGAUUGGAGCCUCCAUCUCCCCAAGCUUGGAGCAGGAGUAAAGGGAGGGAGCAGUCUUGGUUCAAAUAACAGAUAUUUUUACCUUUCUCACUGAAUUUUUAUAGAUUUUCUUGAAUAGAUGUUUCUUCAUUUGCUUUUUGCCCUUAGGACCAUUUCCAGGGGCUUGAAAUAUUUUUUUUCUUUUUCUUUUUAUAUUUUUUCUUGAGUUUCCCUGGGGAGCUCUUCAUGCUGUCAUCCCAGAAGUCGGUCUCACUCCUUUCCUUUUAAAUUAAGUCUAAAUCUCAAUAUCAGCUGGUGCCACCACCGAAUGCAAAGAAAGAACCCAAGGUCACGAGUGAGAAGGGGAGAAAAGAGGGACCCUGUAAACAGGCCCUGGCUUCUGUCAUUACUCUCAUCACAGGGAGGAUGAGGGAGAAGAGAAGGCACACCCACAUUCUCAGCCUUUGAUACAGUGACUUGGCCUCUAGUAAACUGGUUGCAUGAGAUUAGUGUUCUCACUUCUGGGGAUGAAGUAGGGGGUGGGGUGGGCAGAGGGACAUGAAGUAGUAUUGAGAGGAAUGGAGCCAUCCCCUCUUUCAUGCAGGCAGGACUCAUGACCUAUAACAGAGUUCUCAGGAAUGGCAUGGCUAGAGGGAGGAAUUUGAUAGGUAGAGAAGGAUAAAUGUCCAACCUUCAGAUUCUGAAAUAAAAGCACAGCUUCAACAUGUCUUUUCAUCUCCGGAAAAGCCCAUGUCUAGCCCAUGCUAGUUCAGAGGCUGGACCAGUGUAGCAGCCUCUGAACCACUGCUGCCUCCAGCCUCUCCCCUCCAAUCCUUCCACUGCUCUGCUUUGCCACUGGAGUGAUUUUCCUAAAAUGUGACUCCAGCCAGGCCCCUACUGAGACAGUCUCAACCUCUCCUCUAGCUCAGGGGCUGGGCUGUUUAUCUCUUCCCUCACCAUGGAGCCCACAGGGUUUUUACCUGGUACAAUUAGCCUCUCAAUGCACAGGAGUUGAAUUGCAUCAAACAUAGAGCAUUGUAUAUCUAUAUAGUCACAUUCACACUGUACGGAUGCAAAAACCUUGUGGCAGGAAUAAGCUUAGCACAAUUCAAAAACAUCUAGAAGCCUCUAUUAAUGAUGUCUGGGGCCUGAGCUCAGAUGUUAGCUCAUCACUGUAUCUACUGGUGUGACCCAACCCUAGGCCCAUCAUUCAACCCAGCUUCAGUUUCCUCAUCUAUGAAAUGAGGGUAGUGCCUCAAAUGUUGUUUUGGGAUUAAAUGUGAUAAUGUAAGUAGAACACCUGGUACCAGUAAAAGCUUAAUUUGUUCAUGCAAGCAAUAAAUAUGUAGUGAGUGCCUGUUUGUCCCAGGGUCUGUUCUAGGAGUCAGAAUAUAGUAGGAAAGAAAAGAAAAUCUCUGUCCUAAUGGUACCCACACUUUAGUAGGAAAGAUGGAUAGUAAAGUUUCAAAAUUAUAUGUGUGUAUACACAUAUGUUUAUGUGUAUAUAUGUGUAUAUAUACAUAUAUAUACACACACACACACACCACAAACACAUAAAUACACACAUCAUACACAUACACAUAAAUUUCAGGUUGUGAUAAGUGCCAUGAAGAGAAAUAAAGCAAGAGAAGGUGUUAGAAAGUGAUUUGGAAGUUGGGGCUCUUGUAGCUGGGAGUGGCUGGGAAAGGCCUUGAUAAGGUAAUGACAUUUGAGUACAGACCUGAAUGAAAUUAGCAAAUGGCACAUGGCAUUAAUACAUAUUUGUUGAGUGUGGAUGAAUGCAAAGAUCUGGGAGAAAGGCAUCCCAGGGAGAAGCAAUAGGAAGUACAAAGGCCCUGUAAUGGGAAGACACUUGUCAUGUUUUAAAAGCAUCAAGAAGGCUCUGUAGCUGGGGGUGGCGGCUCACGCCUGUAAUCCCAGCACUUUGGGAGGCCAAGGCAGGAGGAUCGCUCGAGUCCAGAAGUUUGAGACCAGCCUGGGCAACAUAGUGAGACCCCCGUUGCUACAAAAACUUAAAAAAUUAGCUGGGCAUGGCGGCAUGUGCCUGUGGUCCCAGCUACUCAGGAGGCUGAGGUGGAAGAAUCGCUUGAUCUCAGGAGGUUCAGGCUGCAGUGAGUCGUGAUUGUACCACUGCACUCCAGCCUGGGUGACAGAGUGAGACCCUGUCUCAAAAAAAGAAAAAAAAAACCCUCUAUGAAUAUUUAUGCUGAAAUGUUUAGAGAUAAAGUAUACUGAUGUUUAUAACUUAAUUUAAAAAUCAUUAAAAAGUAAGAUGGAUAGAUAGAGGGGUGGAUAGAUAUAUGAUAAAUCUAGCAUUGUAAAAUGUGCAUAGCGGAAUUUAGUUGUGUUCCAUGCAUGUUCACUGUGAAAUUCUUUCAAUUUUACUUUGUGUUUAAAAAAUGUCAUACUAGGAUGUUGGAGGAAAAACAUCAAGAAGGUUAGUGAGGCAAGAGCAGAUUGAGCUAGUGAAGGAGAGAGAGAGACAGAGAAGAUGAGGUCUCAGAGGGCUCUGCGAUCGAGAUCCUGGAAGGCCUUAUGAGCAGUGGGAAGACACUGGGGUUUUGUUCCAGGAUCCAUGGGAAGCCUUCUGAGGAUUUUGAACAGGGGAGUUUCAUGAUCUGAUUGUAUGAUUGUAAAGGACCCUGUAGGCUGCUGUGGGGAGAAGUGGCUCUACCUAAGCAAGUGUGGAAGUGAAGAGGGUGGCAUGGGAGGUGGUGAGCCAUGGUCAGAUCCAGGGGACACUCUGAAGGAGUCGCUAAUGGAUGAGGUGUGCAGAGCCAUGCCAGGGCAUUGGCCUGGGUGAGCAGGUAGCAGCAGUUCUGUUUCCUGAGAUGGGGAAGAUGAGGGAAUGAAGUAAGUUUGGGUAACAGAGUGUGGGAGAGUGAUGAGGGGGAGGAACAUAUUCUGUUUCAGGCACGAGAAGCCCAAAUAACAGACUUAGUAAUCAAUGGGAGCUGUUAUUACUGUUUCCACCACACACACUUAUGUAACGACGUCUGCAAACACAUGUGCGUUCUGUGAGCUGGAGGUUCAGCCCUGUUCCUCCUGUUUUCUUUCCCUCACAUUUUUUGCUCCCCCUGCUGCCCCACUCUUUCAACUUCAGGCUGCUGUCCAGUGACUGCUGGAGGCUCUGGUGAUGGUAAAGGCAGAAACGAGGAACUGGAGGCAGCCCCUCUAUGCCCCUUUGCAUAUCAGAAAACUUCUGCUUAGGUCAGCGCCUUUCUUAGUUUGGGGAAUCUGGGUCAGAGGAGGUCCCUGGGCGAACCCAAGAGCACGCAGCUGUCUGGGCUCAGCUCCUGCCCUUGCAAACCCUCCGGCCUUUCUGACUCUUGUAACGAGGCAGGCAGAUGGGCUAGCAGGCAGUUCCAGCACACGGCUGGAUGGGAGAUUCAAAGAUGCUGCAGAGAGAAGGACCAAGAUCUCUGUCUGUUUUACUGAGAAUGUGACUCUGAGUCAAGAUCUGUUAAUUUGACCCAUUUAGUGGUGCUGUCAUUUCCCCACCUCCUUCCCUCCUUCCUUCUCUCCCAUCAUCCAGGUUAGAAUAGCAUUUAAAGACAUUUGUCAGGUAGCCAGCUGGGGACGCUGACUUGACAGUUUGAGGCCUGCUCCCUGCAGAAGGCUGCCUCAGUCACUAAGAGCUAAAUACAUCCCAAAGCCACUGCAUCUCAUGGGGACACAAGCACGGUCUUCUUGAGCCAAUUGCUUCCAGAGGGGAGCCCUGGUGCAUGUGUGUGGUAGGGAGUGAUGGGGAGUGAACAAAGGAGUUUCCUCCUCCUGCUCUUUGAUUUUCCAUGCCAUCCGUGGCCCUUAGAAGUGCACCAGCCUCUGGUAACAACAUGUGUGUAACUCUUAGAGAGUACUAUGUGCCAGACAUUGUUGCAAGCACUUCAUGUAUAUUAACUCACUUAAUCCUGUAAGAUAGGUUCUAUUUAUUACCAUUUCCAUUUAACAGAUGAGGAAACUGAGGUAUAGGAAGAAAAACUAAGUAUCCCAAGGUCACACAACUAAAAAGUGAUAAAGCCAAAUGUUCUGAGCUUAAUUAUGUGAUGGAUAGAUGGAUGAAUAGAUCGAUGAAGACAAGAUUGUCCACAGUGAAUGAAGCAGAUAGAGAGCCCCAAGAAAGCUCAGCAUGGGGAAGCUAUCUGCAGGCUAGAGAGAGAGCAGGGGUUGCUUUUGUUACUCUUUUGUUCUAUUAAAAUAAAAAAAAGUAAGAAUUAUAAUGUUAAACCUCUUUGUGCUUACUUUAAAAUACUAAAACAUUAAUACCUAUACAAAAUCAGUUUUCCACCGCAUAUGGACACUUCUUAGGGUAGAAACUGUAAAACAGGUGGAAUAAACUGUAGGCACAAUCCCCUGCUCCCCAAAAAGUCUCUUCCCCAAAUAUCACUAGUUGUAUGGUCCUUAAACCAUGCAGUUUAAACCACUUAAACUCUCUGCAGUUUAACAUCUCUUCUCUGGACCCAUCCCAUAGGCCAAAUCCAUUAAUAAUUAUAAUCACAAUCAUGACAGCUGCUGUCAACCGAAUACCUGAUGAAUAUCGGUACUAAGCUAUGGACUUUUGUACAAGAACUUUUGUUUGUUUGUUUUGAGACAGGGUCUUGCUCUGUCACCCAAGCUGGAGUACAGUGGCAUGAUCAUGGCUCACUGCAGCCUCAACCUCCCAGGCUCAAGUGAUCUUCCUGCCUCGGGCCCUAGAGUAGCUGGCACCACAGGCACAUGCUACCAUGCCCAGCUAAUUAAAAAAAAAAUUUUUUUUUUGGAAAUGCGGUCUCACUAUAUUGCCCAGGCUGGUCUAAAACUCCUGGACUCAAGCGAUCCUCCUGCCUCAGCCUCCCGAAGUGUUGGGCUUAUAGGCAUAAACUACCAUGCCCAGCCUCUCUUCCUCUUAUAAAGACACCAGCCCUAGGAUUAUGACCCCACCAUUAUGACCUCAUUUAACUUUAAUCACCUCAUUUACAUUAAUUAAAGCCUCUAUCUUAAAUACAGUCACAUUGGGGGUGAGGGCUUCAACAUAUAGAUUUGAGGGAGACACAAUUCAGUCCUUAACAAUGAGCUUUGAAGAGUCUGGGUACCCUUAAAAUCCUGUAUCGGAUUUUGCAGAUUAGAGUCUGCAUACAUGAUGUGGCCUCUCAAAAGAUUAAAAAUUCCUAAAAGUAUUAUAAAUGACAAAGAGGAAAAGGGCGCAUAGAAAAAUAGAAAUAUUAAUAGAACUUGUGUUAAGGGGUAGAAGAAAAAGAAAAUUCUACAAUAUUGUCUUAAUGAGCAUUAAAAAGUAGAGAACAAGAAGGGCAGUGGAAAAGGAGCAUGUAUCAGCUCCCUCUUUACAUUUUGAGGGUUUGAUGGUUUGCCUGAGGUUGCAGGGUGGAGAGUGGAUCUGAGUCUAGGACCCCAGGGUCCUGAGCCCCAGCCCACCAGGCAUUCUGUCCAUGUUCUCACCAGCUGUAUGGUCUGUCCUUUCCCAGAGAAGCCAGGGCCAUCUGAGUGAGGCUCCUGAGCUGCUGCUCUGCUGACCUCAGAGACGCU